CGGCGGUGGCGGCGCGGCCCCGCGGCCCGGCCCGGCCCGCACCAUGGCCAAGCACCACCGCACGCCGGCGCGCUCCGCCGAGCCCGUCAUCGAGGUCAAGAGCAAGUUCGACGCUGAAUUUCGCCGCUUUGCCAUGAAGCGCUCCGGUGCCGGCAGCUUCCAGGACUUCUACCAGCUGCUGCAGACAGUGCACCAGAUCCCACGGGUGGAUGUGCUCCUGGGCUACACAGACAUCCACGGCGACCUCCUGCCCAUCAACAACGAUGACAACUACCACAAAGCCCUGUCCUCUGCCAACCCCCUCCUCAGGGUCAUCAUUCAGAAGAAGGCAGAGUCUGACGCCAGCGUCUUCGCCUCCAACUCCUUGCAGCGGAAGAAGAAAGGGCUGCUGCGCCCAGCACACUACCGGGCCAAGCCUCACCUCCUCAUCGGGAUGCCCCAGGACUUCCGCCAGAUCUCCUCCAUCAUCGACGUGGACAUCCUGCCCGAGACGCACCGGCGCGUGCGGCUCCACAAGCAUGGCUCCGACAAACCGCUGGGCUUCUACAUCCGCGACGGCGUCAGCGUGCGCGUGGCUCCGCAGGGCGUCGAGAAGGUGCCCGGCAUCUUCAUCUCCCGCUUGGUGAAGGGCGGCUUGGCUGAGAGCACGGGGCUGCUGGCGGUGAGCGACGAGAUCCUGGAGGUGAACGGCAUCGAUGUGGCCGGCAAGUCCCUGGACCAAGUGACGGACAUGAUGGUGGCCAACAGCCACAACCUCAUCAUCACCGUCAAGCCGGCCAACCAGCGCAACAACGUCAUCCGCAGCAGCAAGGCCUCGGGCAGCUCCGGCAUGUCCACGGACAGCACCCCCAGCCAGCAGACCCCCAGCCCGGCCUCGCAGUACCUGAGCAAUUACAGCACGGCCGAGAGCGACGAGGAGGGCGACCUGGUCAUCGAGAGCGACAGCGCGUCCCACUACAUCCCUGGGGGCUGCCCCAACGGGGGCCCCGCGGACGGACCCCUCCAGCGGAGCCUGUCCCCGCACAGCUCGCGGGGCUCCCUGCAGUCCCUUGGCAGCCACGACGGCAGCCCUGGCAGGGGCAGCGGACGGGAGGAUGGCACCCUUCUCACCCUAUAGCUGCAGGGGCCCGUGCCACUCGGUGGCCGGCCGGGUUUCCGCUCAUCCGGGCUGGGUGUGGACGCCAGGGUGAUUAUGCGGGCAGGGGUGGAGAGGGGCCGCCCACUGCCCUCUCCCACUCCCCGUGACCCUGGGAGCCCCACUGUGGCACCCACUCAAGCUGGGCACUGCUACUCUGAGCCCCCUUGCCUCCCCUUCCAAGCAAGCGGGGGUUUUUAAUUAUUGAAAUAUGCAUCAUUAAUAUAUUGCAAUGGACAGUAAAACCUUUUCUAGAAAGCAC